AUGGCGACCCUUGCAGAUGAGUUGAUGAACGAUUUUGAGGACUCCGGCAGUGAAGGAGGCCUCGAUGAUGUGCAACUCAAGGAGCAAGAUGACCGCGACGAAGAUACCGGAGAUACGUCUAUCUUGCCUGAUAGCGUCGAUGAAUCCGGAAAUGAUGAAGAGGGACAAGAGAAGAUUGAGAAGACUCAGUUCAAGGGUGUCUCUGAUGUCCGGAGCGUGGCGCGGCUCAUGGAGACCCUACGUCCUAUUCUUGAGAAAAUUGCGCAUUAUAAGCAGCUGCCCGAGAGGGAGGAGGCUGGGACUGGUUCGGUGGAAGAGGAUGAGGAGUACCAUCUCCUGACACAGUCCAACUCGCUUUCAACGUCGAUUGAUAACGAGAUUAUGCUUGUACACAAGUUCAUCAGAGACCACUAUUCGUCACGGUUCCCGGAGCUAGAGACCUUGAUUUCGAACCCGCUAGACUAUGCGAAGACUGUUGCCAUCCUGAAGAACGGGCCGUUUGAUGACAUCAAGGCUAUGGCAUCAUCAACAGAUAACCUGGUUGGACAGACACUUCGAGCUAUUCUUGACGGUCCAUCGUUGAUGACUGUUGCUGUAGAAGGAACAACUACACGGGGCCGUCCCUUGCCUGCCGAGGAGCUGGAGUGUGUCUUACGAGCUUGCGAGAUGAUGUUCUCGCUAGAGAAAGCGAAAACGGUGCUCACAGAAUACGUGCAGUCAAGGAUGACUAUGUUUGCCCCGAAUCUGACGGCCCUAGUAGGAUCGUUGACUGCGGCGCAGCUUCUGAACUACGCGGGUGGGCUGACGGGGUUGGCCAAGAUGCCUUCAUGCAAUAUAUCACCUUUGGGAUCUAAGAAGCAAGCCCAAUCUGGGUUUGCAACCAAUGUUGGAAUCCGCCACCAAGGCUUCCUCUACCACUCGCCCAUCAUUCAAGAUAUACCGAAUGACUACAAGAUCCAGGCGAUGCGUAUCGUUUCAGCUAAAGUAGUGCUUGCAGCUCGCGUGGAUAGGGUUCACAGCAGCCGAGAUGGUUCGACAGGAGAGCAGCUAAAACAAGCCUGUCUCGAACGACUGGACAAGCUGACCGAACCACCACCAAACAAGGGCACUCGCGCUUUGCCCGCACCAGAUGACAAACCUUCAAGGAAAAGAGGUGGUCGAAGGGCGAGAAAGGCGAAAGAAGCCACUGCAAUGACUGAUUUACGCAAAGCCCAGAACCGACUAGCUUUUGGUAAGGAGGAGAAAGAAGUAGGUUACGGAACGGGAGAAGGCACGAAGGGUCUCGGUAUGCUCGGACAGGAGAACCAAGGGCGCAUCCGAGCCACCCAGAUCGAUCCACGAACAAAGGCCAAACUUAGCAAAUCGAACAAGGGCUGGGGAACAGCUACUCCAGCCCCCGGUCACGCAUCCUCUCUCCACCAACUCGGCAGCACUCCUGGAAGCGCAUCGGUGUUGAACGCCCAGGGUCUCCGUACCACAGGCGUCGGCCCCGUUGCAGGCUCAGGAACGGCGAGUAGCAUCGCCUUCACGCCUUUCCAGGGUCUAGAGCUCGUCGACCCUAAGGCUCAGGCAGAGCUCAAGAGGAAACGAGCCGCAGAAGAAGACCGGUGGUUCAAGAGCGGGACAUUUACGCAGGUUGGCAACCAGUCGAGCACGGCGUCCGACUCGGGGUCAUUCAAAGUCCCUCGUCUACCGACCAGCAAGACGGCAUCGGGGGGAUCUAUGGCACCUCCUCCGAAGCCUCAGUGA